AUGUAUGUCCUUUAGUUAGCAAUUUUUUUUUAAGUUAAUCUGAUCAAUGUUAAUAGUGCUUAAAAAAUUGCAGCGAAUGCUUUUCAAACAAUUACUGUGUUUUAUGUAUGCCAGGAUUCAUUUUAGUAAUAUUAUUCUAUUUUUAACUUAAAAUUAAUCAAUCUACGAAAAUAGAAUAGUUAGGGAUAGUGUGUAGGUAAUUGUGGAGAUAAUUAACUGAAAAACACUUUAAAUAAGCAAUGUUAAAACGUUCCUGAUAUAAAUUGCUAGAAAUAUAAUUAACAAAACUAAUGCUAAUAAUGUAAAGAUGGAUAUAUUUUAAGUAAAAAUAAAAUAUGCGAAAAUACAUUUUGUUCAGGUUAUUAAGGCACCUAUGAUAUUUCUACCUAAAAAUGUUCUUUAGACGGAUUUUUACUAUCAGAUUACAGUAGGGAAUAGUAAGAUUAAUAAGCCAACGCUCAAUUAACCUAAGAUUCUUUCAGUUUUUAGUACUCAUCAUUAAAGGAAAGCUUGAAUGAGCAAAUAAUAGAAAUAAUUGUUUUAGAUAUCUUAGAUUACAAAUUAGUACUUUUUUAAUAUAUUUGUUUAAAUUUUGUAAUAUAUUUAUUAAUAUUAUUUAGGUAAUAGGAAGAACUAUUCAAUACAUCAUAUUUUAUGAGUACAAAUCAAUGUCUGCCUUAUAUUUAUUUGAUAUGA